AUGGACUCACCGAUCGUGACGCAGCUGUUCCGGCAGCUCUUUCGGCACCCGGCAUGCCGCUCGCGCCAGAACCUGGUCGCGUUGUCCUCGUGCAUCCAGCAUGGCCGCAGCAGGGUCCAGCAACAGAGGAGGAGCAUGGCCUCGCGGCAGGGCGUCACCCGCGGUGGGAAGCAGGCCUCGAAGACGAGCGAGAGCAAUUGGCAGCAGAGGACCGAGCUCUUCUCGUUCGAUAUGACCGAGGAGUACAAGGCGUAUCCCACGGUCACAGCGAACGAGCUUCGGAGUCGCAGGGAACGGCCGAAGAAGGUCAAGAUGUUGAUGCGAGACUUCAUUGAAGACAGCUUAUACAACCCGCAUUAUGGCUACUUCUCGAAACAGGCCGUCAUCUUCUCUCCCGGGGAGCCCUUCAACUUCAAUGCGCUGCGCGACGAGCCGGCUUUCCAAGAGGAGAACAGUCGUCGAUGGACCGAGUUCGAGGAUAAACUCGACGCCAAGUUGCCCGAACCAAACGACACGCGGCAGCUGUGGCAUACGCCGACAGAGCUGUUCCGACCUUACUACGGGCAAUCGAUAGCCCGCUAUCUCAUGGCCAACUACAUCAUGAAGACGUAUCCGUAUCACGACCUGAUUGUGUACGAGAUGGGCGCGGGCAGAGGAACAUUGAUGUUGAAUAUCCUCGACUAUAUCCGCGCCGAGGAGCCGUCCGUCUACGACCGGAUAAAGUACAAGAUUAUAGAGAUCAGUCCUGCGCUCGCAGAGAUUCAGAACUCGCAACUUCUGACGUCUGCCGCCAGCCGCGGUCACGCCGACAAGGUCGAGAUCAUCAACCGGUCCAUAUUCGACUGGACCGAGCGGGAGCCAUCGCAAUGCUUCUUCAUUGCGCUUGAGGUGUUUGACAACUUUGCCCACGACAUCAUCCGUUAUGACCUGAAAACGGAGGAACCGUUGCAGGGCAUGGUUCUCAUUAACGAGAACAACGACUUUUACGAGUUCUACGAGCCCGUGCUGGAUCCCGUUGCGGCACGGUAUCUCCGCGUACGCCACGUAGCGACCAACGGCCGCUACGAGGUCCCGUACAGCAACAGCAAGGUUGUCCGGUGGGCCAAGGGCCAGCUGCCGUUUGCGCCCAACCUGAGCGAUGCCGAGUACAUCCCGACGCGGCUCAUGCAGUUCUUCGACGUCCUGGAGAAGUACUUCCCGGCGCACCGGCUCGUGACGAGCGACUUCCACACGCUGUCGGACGCGGUCAAGGGCCUGAACAGCCCCGUGGUGCAGACGCGGUACCAGCGGCGCAUGAUCCCCGUGACGACGCCCCUGGUGCACCAGGGCUACUUCGACAUCCUGUUCCCGACCAACUUCCGCACCAUGGAGGCCAUGUACGGCGCCAUCACCGGCAAGCUGUCCAAGGUCAUGACCCACGAGGAGUUUAUGCAGCGCUGGGCCUUUGUCGAGGACACGACGGUCCAGAGCGGCGAGAACCCCCUGCUGAGCUGGUACAAGAACGCCAGCGUCAUGAUCACCACGAACUAG